GUCAAGAGAUAGGUUGGGAUUGCUCCUGAGGCACUCAGGAUGGGUGGCUCCUUGCUCACCGCAGCAGACGUGAUAUUAGGGUGCUUGGCGUGGAAGCCUUAUAAGAGUUAGUGUUAGCCUGGGACAGGAAAGGGGACUCCUGCAUUCAGAUGGAACAGCACAGUGUGUUGGGAGAACCUCAAGACUCGGUGUGGCUAGAGCACAGGGUCACAGUAUGUAAGGGCUAAAGAUCAGGUCAAGAAAGCGGGCAGAGGCUAGUUAAGAGUCCUAUAUUCAGUUUGUUAUCGUAGGGGAACCUGGGGAGCAAUUAUUCGCUUAUAGCAGGAUCUGAUUCAUCUUCCACAAAAUUUGGUCUAGUUACAAUAUGGAAGGUGGAUUGGAGGGGAGAUAACCAGUUAGGAUGGUAUUGUUGUUUCUCUAGGAGUUUUAAGGACCUGAGCUAAGGACCGGUCACUAAGGACCGUGACAGUGCAAAUGGAAAGGAAGGGGCAGAUCCUAAAAAGACUUUGUAAAACUAAGGGAACAGGAUCAUGCCUAGGAUGAUUCUCCAUUUUUUUGUCUUUUUUCCCCCCAGAAUUAUUGAGCCAUAAUUCACAUUGACAAUGUGUAAAUUGAAGGUGUACAACGUGAUGAUUUGUCAAAUUUUGUUCUUAGGUGGCAUUAAACAAGAUUGAAACUACAGAUGGAGGAGCAGGAUUGUGAGGGAGGAUGUCAGAGGGAAUGCAGGGGAGGAGAGUACAGUUGGAGACAGGUUGAAUUUUGUUGCCUGUUAGAAGCGGCCAAUCUAUUUAUGUACUUCUUCCUCCACCUUAUUCCCAAAAGAUUUAAGUCAAAAAAUGUUCAUUAGGUAGCACGCAGAGGCUCAGGACUAACAGCUGAAGAUAGUAGAAGGGGAUGGAAAAGAAAAGUAUGGGAGUGGGGAGAGACAAGGACGAAAAGAACACUGUUCGGGAGCAGAAUAGAGAAGCGGGACACCAAAUGAGAGCAGCAAUGUCCUGAAAGCCAAGAGAAGAGAGCUACAAGAAUGUUUUAUGCCCCAAAGAAGUUGAACAAGGUCGAAAAGGUACUCCUUGGACUCUACAGUCAGCAGAUGAUUGGUGACCAUGUAGUUAGCAGUUUGGAAGAAGUGACAGAGGCGGAAGCCAGACUGCUUUGGGCCAACUGAAUGGGAGAUGAGGAAGCAGGGAAGCAGCGGCAACAGUGCUUCGACUGGUGCUUCUUAGAGCUGAGCCAAAGACCAUCAUGCGGAUGGGAAGCUUUGUCUACCAUACUCUCUUUAUUGAUGGCAUCACUUACCUAUGUGCCACAGACAAUGCCUUGGAUACUAUAACACCAUCUGCAUUUCUUAAAAAUGUUAGCGACACUUUUCUGAGAAAUCCUUUGAUGUCGCAAGAACAUUUUUCUCCUUCAAAUGCAGUUGCUGCAGAUUUUCAACAAGUAUUAGGGAAGUAUAUGAUGAAAUACAAUAAAAAUCAAGGUGAUAGCUCGAUAUCUACACUCAGGAGCCAAGUAACUGAUGUAAAAAAUAUUAUGUCCAAAAAUAUUGAUGAAAUUUUGGAAACUGAAGAAAGAUUGAAUGUCUUCACUGAUAGAAAUGAUGAUCUCCAAACAACUGCCAAAGAGUCCCAAAAAACAAGAAAGAUUCUUAGGAGGGUAUGGUGGAAACACUUCAGAAAGAUUAUAGUCAUCACCGUGAGUUCUACAAUCAACAAUUAUGAAAGCAUUCUCCCGUGGCAGGAAGACUGGAGGGAGAAGGGUUUGGAAGUUUUCGCUUGUCCUGUUAGUGUGCUUUAUGGACUCCUGUACCUCUUCCACUUCUGUAAUGCUGCCCGUUUUUCCCCACUGCUCCAGCUACUUCCCCAGCCUCUCUUCCCUUUAAAAUUAAAAGCACAAACCCUGGAAUCAGACCACUGAAGUUGAACUCUCCACGCUGCCACAAACCAUCAGGUGACACUGGAUAAGUUAUUUAACCCAUGCCUGUUUCUUCAUCUGUAAAAGGAAGCCAGUAAUAAUACCAUGUAGAAUUAUGUCUACCACCUAGUAAAUGCUAUUUAAAUGUUAACUGUUACUUAAUAGGGAAAAAUGAUUACAUUUUUGGCAUUGAUUAAAUCCCUAUUAUCUUACUCCCUACUCAGAAGAAAAAUUACCGUGACCUCAUCAUUAAUCCCCUUAGAAAUAGGAGACUUGGGUGCCUGGGUGGCUCAGUUGGUUGAGUGUCCGACUCUUGAU